AUGGCAGCUAUACGAGAAUAUGUGGGGUCGCUUCUGAACAACGCCACGGGCGGCAGCGCUAACAACUCCAACUCCGGCAUCAACAGCGCGCCUGACAGCGCAGGCACUUCUCCGAAAAAACAUUCCUUGGCGUUGCCCCAUACUCCGCCAACAGGCACUUCAAGAGCCGCCUCUCACUCGUCGGCAUUCAAUUCCGCCUCCGACGAGGCCGACGACAACGUGCAGUUUCGUGACAUUCACCCGGCCGCUCUGGUGCGGACCGAAACCGAGGAUGUGGACCGCCAGCUCAACCACUUCCACUUUGAAGACAGGGGCGCCAGCAGUGAGCCCGAGCAGAUUCCGCUUCGAGGACGGCAAGGCCGCAAGGAUGACCCUUAUGGCUCGACCUUCUUUUCUGCCAAGGAGACCUUUCUGGAUGGACGAGACAGAGACAUCAAGCUGGUGAUCCCAGAGACCCGAGACAGCAGAGAGCUGAGUCGUCCUAGACGAUCACCGGUCAGUGCAACGGCCAGCAGCCACAGCGGAGGAGGCUUCUUCUCGAGAAUUCUGCAGAAAAGAAAGAACUCAGGCCGCCAAAGUAUCGAGGCAGAAGAGCAGGAGGAUGAUGAACAGGACCAGGAUGGGGAGGACAAACGAGCUGAGGGAUGGUGUGCCGAUGUCAUGGGAUACGCGCCGAACUACUCAAUGUUUUCUGAUCUCAAGUACGUCAAGGUUCGAGCUCAUCAUCGGCCUAGCCACCAGAAGAAACGAAACUUCGAUCGGUUAUUUCUGGCCCAGGAGCUGCGAACCCACGACCCUUCGGACCCUCUGGCCACCGACAAUUCGCGUCUGGCAAGCCAGACUGCCCAAAAGGUAAUUUCCAGCAGUCCCAUUGGCGCCAUUUGGGCCAUGAAAUUCUCUCUUGAUGGCAGAUAUCUGGCUGCUGCUGGCCAAGAUCGUGUCCUGCGGGUGUGGAAGGUCUGCACUCGACCUCAAAACUCUCCUUACGAAGACUACUUUGGAUUCAAGGGCACCAAAAUGUACGCCCCUGUGUUUGAAGAGAGCCCUGAACGCGAAUUCCGGGGUCAUGAAGGAGACAUUUUGGAUCUGUCAUGGUCCAAGAACAACUUCCUCAUCUCUUCAUCUAUGGACAAGACUGUGAGAUUGUGGCACCCUGACCGUCAGGAGGAGAUCGCUAGUUUCCCUCACAAUGAUUUUGUCACUUGCGUGGAAUUCCAUCCCAAGGACGACCGAUUCUUCGUUUCUGGUUCCAUGGACCGACAGCUGCGACUGUGGUCUAUCCUGGACAAUCAGGUUGCCUUCGCUAGACAGGUUCCCGACAUUGUCACCGCCGUGGCGUUCACCCCCAACGGCAAUACUGUCAUUGCAGGAUGUUUGCGAGGUCAGUUGUACUUUUACCAGACCCACCAGCUUGUUCUGCAGACCCAAUUGCAGGUACGAAUCUCAACCAAGGUCAAGCAUGCAUACAAGAGCAAAAUUACCGGCAUCCAGGUGGUGACGGAGCCCAAAAAGUCGCGCACUCACAACAAUAUUUAUAACCCCAUGCACGCUGCCGUGGCAGCUGAGGACGAUUACAAGAUGCUCAUUACAACCAAUGACUCGCGCAUCCGGUUGUACAACUACCGAACCAAGGCUCUGAUUGCCAAGUACCGAGGUCUGGACAAUGAUCAUUCUCAGAUCAAAGCCUCAUUUUCGGACGACUACAGAUUCAUCAUUUCUGGAUCUGAGGGAGAAAGAACCUACAUCUGGGACACCAUCAGAUCCGAUAGUGGUACAGGUCUUAACCACGUGUCUUCAAAAACAAUCAAAGCCUACGAGUACUUUCACUCACAUCAGAGCACAGUCACCGUGGCACUGUUUGCUCCUCUGCAGACUCGACAGCUGCUGGAUCUGGCUCAUGAUCCUAUCUAUUCCAUCGUCAACCCUCCAAAGGUAGUUUUGGGACAGAACGACAUGACUCCCGAAAAGGCUCUGUAUCCUCACCACGACGGUCAUAUCAUCGUGGCUGCUGACUAUUCGGGUAAGAUCAAGGUGUUCAGACAGGACUCUGCCUACACCAAGCGAAAGCUCGCCGAGGACUCUGCAUCUUUUAUCCAGUCGCGACGUUCGCUAAACAGCAUUGGAGGUGCCUCUGGCAGGUCAUCUCCUCGAGGCAGAUCUUCACGAUCUUCUUCUGCAUCCGCCUGGAACCGAUUCUCUCGAGGAGUGAGAUCUCCCGCUGUCUCACCUGGUACAUCGGUUCAUAGAAAGAGUUUUGGCGCCUCUACCAGCACUGGGCCGGCUCCUUUCGGUGUGAUUGCUAACGGUCUUUCCAGCGCCAACCACACCAUCAUGGAUCCUUCCACGUUCCCAAGGGCACGCAAGUCUUCCACUUCUGGUCUUUCCCAGAUUUCGAGACGUACUUCGGAGUCUCUGUUCUCUCCCGAAAAGUCAGUUCCUGAAAUUCAUGUCAAUGAUGAGGACGGUCGUGAGAUCGAGCCUACUGGUAGCAUCAGAUCCAACUCAGUUCUCAUGACGGACUCCGACCAGGAGCUGGACGAGGACACGGACCAGGAGGAGCAAGAUGAGCUCACUGAGCAGGCUUCUCUGGUAUGCGAGAAGUGUGGCUCGCAGAACUUCAAAGUGAGAGUCAUUGAAGGCAUGGUGAUUCUCUGCUGCUCGGCUUGCCGAACACCCAUCAGUGAAGCAGCAUCUACAUAA